GGCGCGAGCUCGCGAGCGCGGAGGAGGCCGGGGCCUGAGCCGGAGCGCGCGCCGCUGCCCAGCCCGGCCGCCCCGGCCCUGCAGAUGGUGGCUCUGCGGCCCGCGGCCGCCCGGGGCCCUGCGCUCCUGCUCCUGCUCCUUCUGGUCACCGUGCGGGGCCAGGAGCAGGACCAGACCACCGACUGGAGGGCCACCCUCAAGACCAUCCGCAACGGCAUCCACAAGAUAGACACGUACCUCAACGCCGCGCUGGACCUGCUGGGCGGGGAGGACGGGCUCUGCCAGUACAAGUGCAGCGACGGAUCAAAGCCUGUUCCACGCUAUGGAUAUAAACCAUCACCACCAAAUGGAUGUGGGUCUCCAUUGUUUGGUGUUCAUCUGAACAUUGGCAUCCCUUCCCUGACCAAGUGCUGCAACCAGCACGACAGGUGCUAUGAGACGUGCGGGAAAAGCAAGAACGACUGUGACGAGGAGUUCCAAUACUGCCUCUCCAAGAUCUGCAGAGAUGUGCAGAAGACACUCGGACUAGCUCAGAACGUCCAGGCUUGUGAGACAACGGUGGAGCUGCUCUUUGACAGCGUCAUCCAUUUAGGCUGCAAGCCAUACCUGGACAGCCAGCGGGCUGCAUGCUGGUGUCGUUAUGAGGAAAAAACAGAUCUGUAACGAAGCCCCGGACAGCUGGAGAGCAGGCGGGAACGGAGGACAAUCCUUGCCAAAGAUCUGAUGCUUCCACAGCCUAAUGCCUUAGUGUUUUGGGGUUUUUUUUGUUUUUGUUUUUGUUUUUUGUGAUGGGUCAUUUUGAGACCUUACUAGACUGUCUCUUGAUUUUAAAACCUCAAAGUGAGACGGGUAGGUACCAGGAAGAAGCAGAGGGAAGAGCAUGCUUGGAAUUGGGAGCGAGCAGGACAUGUAAGAGCAUGCCUUCCUGGGCCCCCCUGUCUCAGUGGCUCCCCAAACUGGGAAGAAAAGCCUCAAGCCCAUGUGACUUGGUUUUCAUCGCUGUACUUAACAAUAAAAAUGAAAGCAACUGUAAAAUUCA